AUGGCAAAAGGUCUCUUUGCCGUCUAUCGGGACGACCAGGCCGUCCCUGGCCCCUCGGCCGCCCUCGUGCGCCCGCUCGCCCACCCGGCAAACAAGGCGACGUCGAGGCGCCGCAAGGACGGCGCAUCCGCUCGCCUCGACGGCGCCAGCGGCCUGCGGGUCCCGCGGUUCGGCGAGAAGGAGAACGUCGACCCACUCGGUCCAGGCGUGCGCGGGCUCGGCGCGGGCAAGCUGGCCAAGAAGCCGUCGGCGCUCGUCGCCAAGCGGGUCGACUCGUGUGCGCCGGCCGCGGCGGUGACGGCGUGCGGCGGCGUGCGGGCGCCGUCGCGAGAUGAGCAGCGAGUCAAGGGCGCCGCGACCAACGCCGUGUGCACCGGGACGCUCCGCACGCGCGUCCUGCCCGACCUUCCGCCUCUCGAGCCGGUCGAGCCCGCCGCACCUCUCGCGCCCGCUCCUCCACCCGCGCAGGCCGCCCCGCACGUCGCCGACAUCGUCCUCGCCGCCGACGACAAGGCCAACGCCUCGGCGUCGCCGCGCACCUCCCUCGACGCACGCUCGGCGCUCUCGGCGUCGACGGGCUCGUCGGCGCGCGACUCGGGCUACGCGCACAGCGUCGACAGCCGCGCGUGCGACACGAGCCUCGACAUGGACAUCGCGGCGGCGUUUGCCGACGAGGAGGAGCAGGAGGCGGUGCGGCAGGUCGAUGGGCGCGAGGCGGACCGCAGGGCGAGGGCGCUCACCGAGUCGCCGUUGGCCGAGAUCACGCAAGCUUUCACCGGCCUCGGCGGCUUCUCGGCCGCCAACAUGGCCUCGCCGACGCCUCGCCCUCACGCCGCUCGACCCGCUCCCCCUACCCGCACCCGCUCCUCACCUUCCAAGGCUUCCUCGACCUCGGCGCUCCCGACCCGCAUGGCACCGUACGCCUACUCGACGACGGCAACGACCAAGCGCGCUCGGCCCAAGCCGACGACCUCUGCGGCGGGCGACAAGCCGCGUGCGGCGGCAGGAGGCCCCAUGCGGUUCUAG